UUUUAGUACUUUUCCUAUGAUGCAUUUGGUAUUUUGUUAGCAGGCCAGCGUCGGUCAUAUCCUCAUAAUACGAACCGAAAUAAGUUGAAGUUACAUAAAUAGGACCAAGAUGCUGCGUUCGGCGAUGAUGUCAUCGACCCUGGCCCGGGCUCUCCAAAAGGCCACCCAGACGACACCAAAUGCCGUGGUGCCCGCUCUGAAUUUGGCUCUGGUGCGCCAACAACAAACCCUUCCGGUCGCCGAAGUGGCCCAGACGUUGCCAAAGAAGGGAUACUCGCCGUUCGGCACGAAACAGUCCUCGGUGGCGGAAUGGUCACUGGCCCGACUCGACGAUCUGCUCAACUGGGGCCGCAAGGGCUCCAUCUGGCCGCUGACAUUCGGCCUGGCCUGCUGUGCCGUCGAAAUGAUGCACAUCGCCGCUCCGCGAUACGACAUGGAUCGCUAUGGUGUCGUCUUCCGUGCGUCUCCCCGCCAGGCCGAUGUCAUUAUCGUUGCGGGCACGCUGACCAACAAAAUGGCACCGGCCCUGCGAAAGGUCUACGACCAAAUGCCCGAGCCACGUUGGGUCAUCUCGAUGGGCAGCUGUGCCAACGGCGGUGGCUACUACCACUACUCGUACUCGGUGGUCCGCGGCUGCGACCGGAUAAUCCCCGUCGACAUCUACGUACCCGGCUGCCCGCCCACGGCCGAGGCCCUCAUGUACGGCGUCCUGCAGCUGCAGAAGAAGGUCAAGCGGAUGAAGACGCUGCAGAUGUGGUAUAGAAAGUAAGGCAACAGCGAUCAGAACCUAUAUAUAUAUAUUUAAAAUGUGAAACAUCAAACGACACACGGUUUGGCGAACAGAAAUUAUAUUAAAUAUUGUUCUGUUAACGUUCUGUUGUUGUAUAUAUUGUUUUUUGGCUCACAAGGAUGUUGCAAAUAAAUGUCUUUCGAUAUAAAUACUAA